AUGGCGAACCGUGUUGACCAAAUUGCUGGCCAUCUGAAUUACCCACAGGGUAUGUUGGCUGGGCAGACGGCUAUCAUCACUGGGUCUGGACAGGGAAUUGGCGCGGAGGCUGCGAAGCUGUUUGCGAGGGAGGGAGCCAAGGUUGUUGUUGCCGAUGUCGAUGCUAAGAAAGCACAAGCCGUAGCCGACGAGAUCAAGGGCUUCGGCGGCAGCGCCAUCGCCGUCGUAGGCGACGUCCUCGACGACGCGUACAUCAAGACACUCAUUGCCAAAGCGGCCGAGUUUGGCGGCGGCAAGAUCCACAUCAUUGUCAACAAUGCGGGCUACACAUGGGAUGGCGUCAUUCACAAGAUGACGGACAAGCAGUGGCAUACGAUUGUGGACUUGCACGCCACCGCGCCGUUCAAGAUUGUCCGCGAGGCGGCGCCCUACUUUCGGGUCAAGGAUGGCGAGCCCAGGAAUAUCAUCAAUAUCUCGAGUACGUCUGGGGUGAAUGGGAAUGCGGGACAAAUCAAUUAUGCGCUUGCGAAGGCGGGGGUUACGGGUAUGACCAAGACGAUUGCUAAGGAAUGGGGUCCCCAAUUUGGAGUUCGCGCCAACACGGUCGCAUUCGGACACAUUCAGACCCGGUUGACUGCCGCCAAGGAGGCGGGUGCAUUUGUGACGACGGCGGAUGGGGAAAAGAUAGCACUUGGUAUACCACAGAAACAGAAGGCGGCCGCGCCACAGGGACAGGAGUUUGCGGAUAUCCCGUUGAGGAGGCCAGGCAAUGCGUCCGAGGCAGCGAGUGCGGUGUUGGCUGUUGCGAGUCCACUGUUCAGCUAUGUGAAUGGAGAGACGAUCAAGGUCACGGGCGGUAGGGGCAUGUAG